AUGUACAUUGAUACAGCCAUUUUGGAAGGGCAGCUGGGCAAUGUCUAUCCAAUUGAAAAUAGUACUGUUGUCAUGCGGAACUGCCCCAGCUUCCUGAUCAAGAGGAACAAGCAGAUGUACAGCACCGAACCUAACAAUCUGAAGGCCCCCAACUCCUUCCACUAAAACGGGCUGAUUCACAGCAAGACUGUGGGCGUGGAGCAGACAGCAGGCAGCAAGGGUGUGGUGGUGGUCAUGAAGUGGACAUCCGGCCAGCGAAAGCCAGCCAACUCCUACGUGCGGACUACCAUCAACAAGAAUGCCCAGCCCACCCUUAGCAGUAUCCAGCACAUGAUCUGUAAGAACAAGUACGGCCCGGACCUGCGCAUGGCUGCCAUCUGCAGAGCCAGCGCCACCCUGUGCAGCCAGAAGCCUGUGAUGGUGAAGAGGAAGCGGGCCUGCCCCACCAAGAGAUCCUGAGCACACCCCCAAGGCAAUAAAGAUGUCAGCCGACUUGUGGAAAAAAAAAAAAGUACUGUUGAUAAUGUGUUUCUCAAUUGGAGAGUGACUGAAAUAUUAUGUAGCCAUUGAAUAUGAGGUAGAUCCAUUUGUACUUACAAUGAUGAUGAUAAUGAUGGCUCUCCUUUACUAAAUACAUAUUACAAUCCACGCACUGUGCCAUGUAUUUAACACAUUUAAUAAUUCUUAAAACAACUGUAUUCCAGGUACUAUUAUUAUCUACAUAUGCAGAUGAGGAAACAGAUACAUAGAGCUUAAAUAACUUUGCACAAGGUAACACAACUAGUAAGGGGCAGAAACCUGGCAUUUGAAAUCUGGCAGUCUGAGGUUAAAACAGGUUGCACUUCUAACAUCUAAAACGCAUAUCCUUUCUAUUAAAAUGAAAAAAGCAGUUCAGAGCUGAAUGCAUAGUAUGCUGUCAUUUGUGUUUUAAGUUUUUAAAAAGCAACAGCACACACUGGAAGGGUACAAAAGAAAAGCAGAACAGUGAACAUUCUUAGGAGGAGGGAAUGAAUGACCUUUUACCAUUCACUUUAUACCUUUCUUGUGUGUGUUUUAAUAAUAGGCAUGUGUAAAUAGAUAACUAAAACAAGUGAAUCUGAUAUUUUGGAAAGUUGUAAUACUUAAUAAAGACUAAGCUGAAGUCACGAGUCACCCAUGCUUUUAUCCAUCCCUACUUACAUACCUUAGUGUAAGGCUCCCCUUAUUCUAAUAUCCUACUGCCAGCUCUCAUUUCAAGGUAACAGUUUUCAAAAUUUAUUUCCUUCAGGAUUCAUUGUUUACCUUAUACCACUUUGAACACUUAAGUUUUUGGUUGACAUAGCACCCCAAUUUUGUAUUUUACCCUUUUAAAUUACCUACGUUUUCUAUUGUUUCCAAAAGGACUCGAGACUGCUUAUUUUAAGGUAAAAUUACAAUUAUAAAAGUUAAUGUAUAGUAUAUAUAGUCUGCAGUUGAGCAGUAAAGUAAACUUUUAGUUUCCUGGAAGUAGGCAAAAAAAAAAAAUCCUGAGUUCCAUAGUUCUUGUGAUUCUACGGAACACAUACCAUUUUGUCAAAAAAAAGCCUUUUUUUCUUGCUCUCUAUUUUGAAAAGAAAUCAUCUAUUUCAUCAGCCCUUUUAUGUAAUAUAUUCUUUUCCAGUCAUUUCAUAUUUGUUUUUUUUGUCUACCCAAAUAAAUAAUAAACUUCCUUAGGAGAAAUUCCACUUUCUAUACUAUUUUUGUUCCAUCUCUGCCUAGAAACAUAUACUUGUUAUUAUGUCAAAAUUAUAAAUUAAGCAACAACUGUAACCCAGCCACAUUUCAAAGAUUAUAUUAUUGCCACUUUUCAACGACUUAAUCUUUGAGCAGUUGAGUAAUGCAUUUAUUUUUCAUCUUCCUUAGGAGGGAAUCUUCUCUCUUAGCCCUCAAAAAAUAAUUACAAUUUAUUUCUUAGUAUGUAGCUUUUACUGACUCCUUUUUUAGCUUCUGCUUCCUGAGUAUGUAAUUUAAAAAACUGGAAAUUUGUUUGAACAUUUGUUUUAUGAUAAAUCUUUUUAAUAUGGCCUAUGGCUUUCAACCACCUUUUCCUUU